AUGGACGACACCAGGUUGCACAAGUAUUAUCGGAUAUCCGGACACGGCUCGGACUCGUUGAUAUACUGGUUUCUCAACACCGAUCACAAUCUCAGACGAUUCUUCAACUUGAACGCCUAUUGCGGAACGGUGACGUUCGUUACGUUCGUCUUCGCCGUGAUUAUGGCCGUCUGUUCGAUAGUGAGUGUGCGCACGGUGAUGUCGAACGACACGCUCUUUCGCGAAUUGCUCGAAAAAGCGGAGAAGAAGUUACCACGGAUGGAGAGCGUCGUUAGCAUCAUACCGCCGUACAAAUGUAUUCACAAGCAUCUGCAGCGGAUGAGCGUGUUCCAAGAGAAGACGAAGAAAAUGUUAUGCAAGGAGCAUCUAGAGCUGGAAAUAAUGAACAGCAAGAUGUCGUGCAUCGAGAAGCUAUUGAAGCCGGAGGAGCAAUCCGAAUGGCGUCGUUCCAGAUCACCGAAGGUAUAUUAUCGUCCUAUCAACGUGGAAACGUCGAAAUAG